AUGCAUGUUCUGUGGUGUAUUGUGCUAUUUUUUGUGGUGCAUACAUCAUAUGUUGUUGAUGCCAGCAGUUUUUUUAAUAGAUGGGAGAGCAGAGCGAGAUAUUGUGCAAGAAUGAAGCGUCUUUUAUUUGAUAUUAAUAAUCGUUUGGAGCAGGCAAAACGUGACGUCAAGCGUUCACUUGUAAAUGUUAGGGAGGAGGUUGUUAACUGUAGGAUACUUGACACCAGUGGUAGGAGUACUUUUGCAUGGGAGCGAAUAAAGAUACUGGAUGGGUACAAUGAUGCCAUCCUUCUUAUAAAACGCAAGGUUGAUGACCACGAAAAGAAGGUACACGAAUUGGUUGGCAACAUUAAAAAAGAAUGUGGCUUUUGGGUGUCUUUCACGCUAUUAUCUGAUGAGGUACACCGGUAUACAACUACCAAUUUGUUACAGGUCAAAUUUCUUACGGCAAGAAUUGAGGCUCUUAGUUUUGAUGCCAGGUAUUACGGGGAAAAUCUAAAAGAGGGAAUAUGCACUUUCCUUGAUCCUGGCACAGAAACCGACGAAAUGUCCACCGAAAAAGAGGUCAAUAGGACAAACAAAACAAAAAAUAGCAGUCCAACUUCCUUAGAGUCGCCCAAAACGCAAGGUACCCCCGUCACGCCUGGGGGUCUUGUCGACCCUAAAGAAGGUGCUGGAUCUGAGGAAAGUGCUGGACCUAAAGAAAGUGCUGGACCUAAAGAAAGUGCCGGACCCAAAGAAAGUACUGGACCUAAAGAAAGUGCUGGAUCUGAGGGAAGUGCUGGAUCUGAGGGAAGUGCUGGACCUAAAGAAAGUGCUGGACCUAAAGAAAGUGCUGGACCUAAAGAAGGUGCUGGACCUGAGGGAAGUGCUGGAUCUGAGGGAAGUGCUGGACCCAAAGAAAGUACUGGACCUAAAGAAAGUGCUGGAUCCAAAGAAAGUACUGGACCUAAAGAAAGUGCUGGACCUAAAGAAAGUGCCGGACCCAAAGAAAGUACUGGACCUAAAGAAAGUGCUGGAUCUGAGGGAAGUGCUGGAUCUGAGGGAAGUGCUGGACCCAAAGAAAGUGCUGGACCUAAAGAAAGUGCUGGACCUAAAGAAGGUGCUGGACCUGAGGGAAGUGCUGGAUCUGAGGGAAAUGCUGGAUCUGAGGGAAGUGCUGGAUCUGAGGGAAAUGCUGGACCCAAAGAAAGUGCUGGAUCUGAGGGAAGUGCUGGACCUAAAGAAGCUGCUGGACCUAAAGAAGGUGCUGGAUCUGAGGGAAGUGCUGGACCUAAAGAAGCUGCUGGACCCAAAGAAACUGCUGGACCCAAAGAAACUGCUGGACCCAAAGAAACUGCUGGACCCAAAGAAAGUGCUGGAUCUGAGGAAAGUGCUGGACCUAAAGAAACUGCUGGACCUAAAGAAAGUGCUGGAUCUGAGGGAAGUGCUGGACCUAAAGAAGCUGCUGGACCCAAAGAAACUGCUGGACCCAAAGAAAGUGCUGGAUCUGAGGGAAGUGCUGGACCUAAAGAAGCUGCUGGACCUAAAGAAGGUGCUGGAUCUGAGGGAAGUGCUGGACCUAAAGAAGCUGCUGGACCUAAAGAAAGUGCUGGACCCAAAGAAACUGCUGGACCCAAAGAAAGUGCUGGAUCUGAGGAAAGUGCUGGACCUAAAGAAACUGCUGGACCUAAAGAAAGUGCUGGAUCUGAGGGAAGUGCUGGACCUAAAGAAGCUGCUGGACCCAAAGAAACUGCUGGACCUAAAGAAAGUGCUGGACCUAAAGAAAGUGCUGGAUCUGAGGGAAGUGCUGGACCUAAAGAAGCUGCUGGACCUAAAGAAAGUGCCGGAUCUGAGGAAAGUGCUGGACCUAAAGAAACUGCUGGACCUAAAGAAAGUGCUGGAUCUGAGGGAAGUGCUGGACCUAAAGAAAGUGCUGGACCUAAAAAAACUGCUGGACCUAAAGAAAGUGCUGGACCUAAAGAAAGUGCUGGAUCUGAGGGAAGUGCUGGACCUAAAGAAAGUGCUGGACCUAAAAAAACUGCUGGACCUAAAGAAAGUCCUGGACCCAAAGAAACUGCUGGACCCAAAGAAAGUGCUGGAUCUGAGGAAAGUGCUGGACCUAAAGAAAGUGCUGGACCUAAAGAAACUGCUGAACCUAAAGAAGGUGCUGGAUCUGAGGGAAGUGCUGGACCUAAAGAAAGUGCUGGACCCAAAGAAAGUGCUGGACCCAAAGAAAGUGCUGGAUCUGAGGGAAGUGCUGGACCUAAAGAAACUGCUGAACCUAAAGAAGGUGCUGGAUCUGAGGGAAGUGCUGGACCUAAAGAAACUGCUGGACCUAAAGAAAGUGCUGGAUCUGAGGGAAGUGCUGGGCCUAAAGAAGCUGCUGGACCCAAAGAAACUGCUGGACCUAAAGAAGGUGCUGGAUCUGAGGAAAGUGUUGGACCUAAAGAAACUGCUGAACCUAAAGAAGGUGCUGGAUCUGAGGGAAGUGCUGGACCUAAAGAAAGUGCUGGACCUAAAGAAAGUGCUGGAUCUGAGGAAAGUGCUGGACCUAAAGAAACUGCUGGACCUAAAGAAAGUGCUGGAUCUGAGGGAAGUGCUGGACCUAAAGAAGCUGCUGGACCCAAAGAAACUGCUGGACCCAAAGAAAGUGCUGGAUCUGAGGGAAGUGCUGGACCUAAAGAAGCUGCUGGACCUAAAGAAGGUGCUGGAUCUGAGGGAAGUGCUGGACCUAAAGAAGCUGCUGGACCUAAAGAAAGUGCUGGACCCAAAGAAACUGCUGGACCCAAAGAAAGUGCUGGAUCUGAGGAAAGUGCUGGACCUAAAGAAACUGCUGGACCUAAAGAAAGUGCUGGAUCUGAGGGAAGUGCUGGACCUAAAGAAACUGCUGGACCUGAAGAAAGUGCUGGAUCUGAGGGAAGUGCUGGGCCUAAAGAAGCUGCUGGACCCAAAGAAACUGCUGGACCUAAAGAAGGUGCUGGAUCUGAGGAAAGUGUUGGACCUAAAGAAACUGCUGAACCUAAAGAAGGUGCUGGAUCUGAGGGAAGUGCUGGACCUAAAGAAAGUGCUGGACCUAAAGAAAGUGCUGGAUCUGAGGGAAGUGCUGGAUCUGAGGGAAAUGCUGGACCUAAAGAAGCUGCUGGACCCAAAGAAACUGCUGGACCCAAAGAAAGUGCUGGAUCUGAGGGAAGUGCUGGACCUAAAGAAACUGCUGGAUCCGUAGGUGCCGAGGGUGUGUCUGUGCAAUAA